AUGUCGAGCGAUCCUAGGGUGCAUAAACCCAGAGUACCCAAGGCAUACAGCGAUGAACAACUUACGUUUCUCCGAAGUCACCUCUCAGAGUUCGAAAGACGAUCUCAAGGCUCUAUACGCGGCGAUGCAAAGAAGUUUGCCCUGGAGCGUGCUCAAGAUUUCAUAACACGAUUCGGCCUGCCAUCUGAUUACGUCGGCGUCGACGAGUCGGAACCGCGAUUUCGUGAACAGAUUUACAACUGGUUCAAGAACACCGUUGGCCGAACUAGACGUAAACUUGAAGGCCGGCCAAGGUCUGCCAAGAAGGUGGCGGAGAAGGCGGCAGCAGCUCACCAGGGGACGAAUGAUCACGGUGAAGUGACCUGGAACGCCAGUGUGUCACCCGCAAUUAUAUCAUACACCCAGACAGAGCAUGAGAGUCCAGUCAAUGCAGCGCAAGCAUUGGCGCCGUUGCCAUACAGCUCGUUGCAACCCAGCUCAUCGUCGUUAGCUGCCAAUAUCACAACAUCCGUCGGCGUGGUUCCGGUAAAUACACAACAAGCUAUGAGCCUGAACCUGCCUCCGACGAUUCCUAACAUAAGGGACGCGCUUCUCAAUGGAUAUGAUCCUUCGACUAUUUCAGGCCUGAUACAAUCCUACGUAAUGGCGAAUCCAUCUGCAACACCGCUAACGCCGGUAGUGGAUGCACUUUUUGAUGCAAUUGCCACCGCUGAAUCCCAGUCUUCCUCGCGAAAUGGUUACAACAACGGCCGGGAUGCUACCUCAUUUCUCCAAAAGUUCUACGACGCUUCGACGUUCUUCCCGUCAACGGUCGUCCAUGCAGGUAUCGCAGGUCCUUUCGCAGGUCCACGUGCCCUCCAAAUGCGCAUUCGGAAACACUCCACUUGGACGCCGAGUCCAUCACCACAUUUCUCGUCAGCAAGCGGGAUAUCUUCUGGCCAGCAUCCCGGGACACAAUCCUCGACCUCCAUCGCCGACGAAAUGCAGCGCAUAGCCGUCGAUCGACAGAGAAGGAAGGACUAUAUACAGUGGGCUAAAAUACACGCCGCGGCUCUAGAGCUAGGUCUCUUAACAUUAGAGCCAGAGUCCUCGAACUUUUCCACCGGACGUGCCUUCUCAGAAAUGGUCGCUAGGGAUGCUGUUUGGGAACAAGAUGAGGUUGAAUGGGUUGCAGGAAUAUGUAUUCUCCGAGCGGUUAUUCGUACAGCAGAUCGGCGAUGGCGAGACGAAUACGACGGACUCUUGAGGGCUUAUGAGAAUCGGUGGAAGGAGAUCAAGGACGAAGCCCGACAGACUAUUGUGACGGAAGUACUUCUAGGUGCUAAAGAAGAUCUUGCGCGUUUAGACGACUCGCACAUGGCAUGA